GCGAGAGAGAGAGAGAGAGAGAGAGAAGCAAAGAUUCCACCUGGUUUUUGAAGAACUCGUGAAGAGAGAGAGAGAGAGAGAGAGAGAGAGGUUGAAGAAGGAGGGCAGAUUUUCCGAUUAGAAGAAUCGCUGUGUUCUGCUGGUCAGGGACAGAUGCGAAUUUGAAUAUCCGAAUCUGUUAAUUCGUUCUCUCUUUCUCUCUCUCUCCACAUGAAGCUGUGGUGAAGAUUAUAGGGUUUGGAGUUGGUAUCUAUUGGUGGCGAAGAUGAACGUGAUGCGUCGUCUCAAGAGCAUUGCUUCGGGUCGGACCUCCAUUUCUUCGGAUCCUGGUGUGGACUCUAGUCUUAAGAGACCCAAGCUCGAUCAAGACAACGACUACUUAUCUUCUGGUGGUGAUGAUCCCAUGCAGGUUGACCAAACUACUGACAUGGUGUCCCAAGAUAGUGUUGCCGGUACUUCAAAUGUUCCUCCUCCUGCUGAUCAGCUUCCGGAAGUAAUGAACGAUAUGAGAUUAAGAGAGGAGGAGCCUCCUCAUGCCAACCGCCGCGGCCACGAGGACAAAGAUAUGGAACCACCUAUUGUUAAUGGCUGUGGGACUGAAACUGGUCAAGUUAUUACAACCACUGUCGGAGGUCGUGAUGGAAAGCCUAAGCAGACAAUCUCAUACAUGGCCCAGAGAGUGGUUGGAACAGGCUCAUUCGGAGUUGUCUUCCAGGCCAAGUGUCUGGAAACGGGUGAACAAGUUGCAAUUAAGAAAGUUCUGCAGGAUAAAAGAUACAAGAACAGAGAACUUCAGAUCAUGCGCUUGCAAGACCACCCCAAUGUCGUGCGGCUGAGGCAUUCUUUCUUUUCGACUACUGACAAGGAUGAGCUCUAUCUUAACCUUGUCCUUGAGUUUGUUCCCGAGACUGUAUACAGAGCAUUAAAGCACUAUACCAAAAUGAAUCAGCAUAUGCCUAUCAUCCUUGUUCAGCUCUACACCUAUCAGAUCUGCCGCGCGCUGAACUACUUGCAUCGUGUUGUUGGGGUGUGUCAUCGUGAUAUCAAGCCACAAAAUCUACUGGUCAAUACCCACACCCAUCAAUUAAAAAUAUGUGAUUUUGGAAGCGCAAAGAUGUUGGUCCCAGGUGAACCUAACAUAUCCUAUAUAUGCUCCCGGUACUACAGGGCCCCAGAACUUAUAUUCGGGGCAACAGAGUAUACCAAUGCCAUUGACAUGUGGUCUGGUGGUUGUGUUAUGGCAGAGCUUUUACUCGGCCAACCACUGUUUCCCGGAGAAAGUGGCAUUGAUCAGCUGGUGGAGAUUAUCAAGAUUCUGGGUACGCCAACGAGAGAGGAAAUACGGUGUAUGAAUCCAAAUUACACAGAGUUCAAGUUUCCUCAAAUAAAAGCUCACCCUUGGCACAAGAUUUUCCACAAGCGAAUGCCACCUGAAGCAGUAGACCUCGUCUCAAGACUCCUCCAGUAUUCACCAAACCUUCGUUGCACUGCAUUGGAAGCUUGUGCACACCCCUUCUUCGAUGACUUGCGGGACCCAAAUGUUUCACUGCCAAAUGGAAGAGCAAUGCCUCCAUUGUUUAACUUCACUACCCAAGAACUUGCGGGAGCAUCAACAGAGCUGCGGCAGCGUCUAAUUCCAGCGCAUUGCCAGGGAACCGGAAGUAGCUCUUAGGAUCGGAUCAUUCAGUAGUGUUCCCAAAUUUUCAGCUUCCUCACUCUCUCUAACUGCUAUUUACUGGAGUGUGUGCAACAAAUUUGAACCAUUUGUGCUUCCAAGCUUGAGGAGAGUCUGGAAAUCUGAACGCUGGGGACCAGAGAUGUGAAUUCAAUUUUCCAUCUCCAAUUUCAUUUUUUUUCCCACAUCCCCCUAAAGAUGUUUGAUGUAUCAUUUUUUAAUUAUUAUUAUUGUUUGUAAUCCAUCAAGAUUGUGUCCCAUGCCCUAAUAUCGCAAGCUUUGUGUUCAACUAAGAUUCAAUUCUCUGUUCUAACCUCAGUUUGGUUA